AUGCAGUACAAUAAGCACACGGGGUGUGCAAUCUACUGUGUAUAUCUCUACAGUGGGAAUAAGCAUAGCUUUUGUUUUCUGUAUAAGACAUUUAACAAGAUUUAUAUAGUGUUCUAUAAAAAUUUAAAAGCGUACCUAGAUACUUUAUUCUCAUUUAGUGUGGUUUUAUUUGUUUUAUGUUCAGAAACCCCUGAAAUAUCCCAAAAUUCCCUCAGAAUGAUACAUAGCAGCAGUAGUGAAUUGAGUGCUUAUAUUGUAUCAAUUGAAAACUUCUCAAAUAUUCGAACAAGCUCAUUAUACUUAGAGACUCUUUCUGUUCGGCAGAGUGACCCAGCCUUAAGAUAA